UGUGCACUGACAUUUCCAUAGAAUUGUGUGACCACUUACUCCACCACAGUGCCCGUUAAUUUUGUUUGUAUAGAGCCUGUGGUAAUGAAAUCUCUUUUCUGCUGGCAAUAAAAGAUAUAUUACUUUUCCCCCUCUUUCCGAAUUUUUCCAGACUAUGAAAAUGCUGUUUUUCCACGGAUCGUAAACAUUCUUCUUAAAAGAAGCAUUGUUCCUUUGGUAGCAACUUGUAAUGGGAAAAAGUGAAACAGAGACAAAAUUCAAUGCUGGUCUGAAUGGAGACCAGUUUUUCUUUGUGCGAAUAACCAGCAUUCCAGUCAGGUUGCCACGGUGAUGCCAAGAUUAUAACUGCUCAUGCCAGCAGUCAGAGAAUGUUGCCCAAUUAGUUAUUCUCAGCUGCUAUGUUACCUUAACAGUGGCUCAGAAAGCAGGUUUUGAGUAUAAAGGCACUUGAAUGAGCGGUCGGUGGGCCUGCAGUUCUGCUGUCCUCAGCGUGGCACCAGGACUGCAAGCCCCAGGAUGCCACAGUCUGGACCCCGCAGGAAUCUUUGAAUUGGUGGAACUUGUUGGCAAUGGAACAUAUGGACAAGUAUACAAGGGUCGUCAUGUCAAAACAGGCCAGCUGGCAGCCAUCAAGGUUAUGGAUGUCACAGGGGUAAUGUAUCUUUAUCUUGCCAUCUCAAAGUUGUUUUAUAUAUUUGUCUUAAGAAGUUAGUGAUAGAGAAAACUC